GGCGUGAAGGGGGUCGUGCUCUCCUCCCACGCCGGGGGACCGUCACCUGCCGUCGCCGCCCCCUCCCCCCACUACAGGCCAGGAUCCACCGUUGACUCCUAACUUUGAAGAUGCUGGAGUCGUACGUAACUCCAAUUUUAAUGAGCUAUGUGAAUCGCUAUAUCAAGAACUUGAAGCCUUCGGAUCUCCAGCUUUCACUAUGGGGUGGGGACGUGGUUCUCAGUAAACUCGAAUUAAAGUUAGAUGUUCUGGAACAGGAACUGAAGUUACCAUUCACAUUUUUAAGUGGCCAUAUUCAUGAGCUGAGGAUUCAUGUACCGUGGACAAAACUGGGCUCCGAGCCUGUGGUCAUUACGAUCAAUACAAUGGAAUGCAUCUUGAAACUUAAAGAUGGAAUCCAGGAUGAGCAUGAAAGCUGUGGUUCCAACUCUACCAACCGAAGCCCUGCUGAAAACAUAAAAUCAUCCGUCAAACCCCGAAGAAUUCAGCAGACUGCUCCUACAGACCCUGAUUUGCCACCAGGGUACGUGCAGAGUCUGAUCAGACGAGUUGUGAAUAAUGUAAACAUUGUUAUAAACAAUCUAAUACUGAAAUAUGUUGAAGAUGAUAUUGUCCUUUCUGUCAACAUCACUUCUGCUGAAUGCUAUACUGUGGAUGAAUUAUGGGACCGUGCAUUCAUGGAUAUUUCUGCAACUGAUCUGGUGCUGAGGAAGGUUAUCAAUUUUUCUGACUGUACAGUUUGUCUUGAUAAAAGAAAUGCCAGUGGUAAAAUCGAAUUUUACCAGGAUCCUUUAUUAUACAAAUGUUCUUUCAGAACUCGCCUUCAUUUUACAUAUGAUAACUUAAAUUCCAAGAUGCCAUCUAUUAUUAAAAUUCAUACUUUAGUAGAGAGUCUGAAGCUUUCUCUUACAGACCAGCAGCUGCCCAUGUUCAUCCGUCUCAUGCAGCUGGGGAUUGCUCUCUACUAUGGAGAAAUCAGUGAUUUUAAAGAUGGUGAAACCGAGGACCCUGCCUGUCACAGCAAAGACGCAUUAGGAAGCCUUGCAGGUACUGAAGAUGAGACAAGAAUAGAUAUGCAGUAUCCUGCUCAGUACAAAGGCCAAGAAUUCUAUUCCCAGGACUGUGAGGAGCCUCAGGGAUGGGUGUCCUGGGCCUGGUCGUUUGUUCCUGCCAUCGUGAGUUAUGAUGUCGGGGAAGAAGACUACCUUGGGAGUGACCCUGCAUCAACCAUGCAUCAACAGAAAGUGCAAACCCUGAAGGACCCCAUUGUUUCUGUUGGGUUUUAUUGCACAAAGGCAACUGUGACUUUUAAACUCACUGAAAUGCAAGCUGAAAGUAGCUAUUAUAGCCCACAGAAAGUAAAGUCUAAGGAAGUUUUGUGCUGGGAACAAGAAGGAACUACAAUUGAGGCCCUUAUGAUGGGAGAGCCUUUCUUUGAUUGUCAGAUUGGAUUUGUAGGUUGCAGAGCCAUAUGCCUUAAAGGAAUUAUGGGCGUUAGGGAUUUUGAAGAGCAUAUGAACAGAAGUGAAGCUGAAGCCUGCUUCUUCAUUUGUGGUGAAAAUUUGAGUACAAAAGGUUUGACAUACCUUACAAAUUCAUUGUUUGAUUACCGAAGCCCAGAGAACAAUGGCACCCGUGCCGAGUUUAUCUUGGAUGCAGCUCACCAUAAGGAAACAUACACAGAAAUAGCUGGCAUGCAAAGGUUCGGUGCUUUCUACAUGGAUUAUCUGUAUACAGUGGAGCACAGCAGGGGCAAAGGUCCAGUAAAUCAGCAAGACUUUCCUUCAGGGAAAAAUGAGGACUUGGGAAUAGUCCAAGAAAAGUCUACUAAAAGCCUUGUUAUAGGCCCUCUAGAUUUACGCUUGGACAGUAGUGCAGUGCAUCGGAUUUUGAAGAUGACCGUCUGUGCUUUGGAACAUGAAUAUGAGCCAUACAGCAGGCUGAAACCAGAAAGUAAGGAUGAAAAGGAAACAGUACUGAAUCCUGAGGAAGUGGCUUCUCUGGAGGAAUAUAUUCCCACUCGGCACACAAGCGUUACUCUUCUUAAAUGUACUUGCACAAUUUUCAUGGCAGAAUUCAAUUUGCUAGACCGCUUGCUUCCUGUCAUCAUGGGCGGAAAGAACUCAAGUAACUUCAUGAAUGCCACAAACUUCCAGGCACUUCGACCUUUGCCAUCCAUUCAGAUACUGGUGGAUAAAAUUAAUUUGGAGCAUUCUGUUCCAAUGUAUGCCGAGCAGCUGGUGCAUGUAGUCAGUGGCCUCCCUCAGCCUUCCGAUAGUCUGCUUCAUUAUUGCUAUGUCCACUGCUACCUCAAGGUGUUUGGUUUCCAGGCAGGACUGACAUCUUUGACUCACAGUGGAUCUUACUGCUUGCCUGUACCAAUUAUCCCCUCUUUCAGCACUGCCCUGUAUGGGAAAUUUCUGAAACUCCCUGCUUUCUGGACCAAAAGAUCUCAGACUGUUGUAACUGAAGGUAUUUUUGAACUGCCAAAUCUCACAAUUCAAGCGACAAGAGCACAGACACUUUUGCUGCAAACAAUAUAUCAGAGUUGGGCUCAUAUUGGAAAUAGCAGCUCUUCAACAGUGAAUGAAGCUUUGAUGAAUGAAGUCUUCCAAACUACAGGUGUGAAAGCUAAGAAUCCCCUGCCAACUCUUGAGGGCUCAAUCCAGAAUGCUGAGCUGAAGUACUGCAGCACAUCAUUGGUCAGAUGUGCCUCUGGGACCGUGGGAUCCAUAAAAAUCUGUGCCAAAGCCCCAGGUGACAAUGGAAAAGAAAAGUUGAUUCCUUUGCUUCAGGGACCUUCUGACACUCGAGACCUUCACAGCACCAAGUGGCUUAAUGAGAGCAGAAAGCCGGAGUCACUCCUCGCCCCAGAUCUGAUCGCGUUCACCACCCAGGUCCCCCAGCACAUGGAUGACUGCCACCUCUCUGGUGCUGUGUUUCUUUGUAGUGUACAAGGAUUAGCAGUUAACAUUGACCCAGUAUUGUAUACAUGGCUCCUCUAUCAACCACAGAAAAGGACAAGCAGACAUAUGCAGCAGCAGCCUGUGGUAGCAGUUCCUCUUGUUCCUGCAGUGAGCAGGAGGAAAGAAGAGGAGCUCUCUGCUGGAAGUGCCCCAUUGGCAAAGCAGCAGUCAUAUCAAGCCUCAGAAUAUGCCAGCAGCCCUAUCAAAACAAAAACAGUCACAGAGUCCCGAGCACUGUCAGUUCCCAUGAAGACCAUGCUACACAUUCAUGAAGGUCGUAGAAGUCCUGAAGAAAGAAUGAAAGAAUUUAUUGGAAUAUUAUGGAAUGCAGUGAAGAGCCUCACACUACAGCUCGAUGUACAGUCUUGCUGUGUGUUCAUUCCAAACGACAGCCUGCCUUCCCCAAGUACAAUUGUAUCUGGUGACAUCCCUGGGACAGUAAGAAGUUGGUACCAUGGACAAACCAGCACACCAGGAACACUUGUCCUCUGUUUGCCGCAAAUAAAGAUCAUCAGUGCUGGUCAUAAGUGCAUGGAGCCCCUGCAGGAGAUCCCCUUUGUCAUACCACGACCCAUCCUUGAAGAGGGUGAUGCAUUUCCUUGGACCAUCAACUUGCAUCAUUUUAGCAUAUAUACCCUUCUUGGAAAGCAAGUGACACGCUCCCUAGUGGACCCUAUGGGAUGCACCUCUACUCUAGCGGUCACAUCGCAAAAGCUGCUUCCUCCAGGCCCAGAUGGGAGGCAUUCUUUUGUAGUCUGUCUCCACGUUGACCUGGAGCCACUAGAGAUAAAAUGCUCUAAUCCCCAGGUCCAGCUGUUUUAUGAAUUGGCUGAUACAAUAAGUCAAGUCUGGACUCGGAUUCAGAAGAGAGGCAAUCUCAGUUCAUCUUCAGUCUGUCCAGAGACCAUGGCAGGCCCUGUCCCUGGUUCUCCAGUUCGGAGCAGUGUUGGCACAGCUCCACCAGACACCAGCACAUGCAGUCCGUCCGCUGACAUAGUAACCACCACCGAGGGAGAUUCUGUGCAAGCUGGUGAUGAAUCCCCGUUCUCAGAUUCUGUAACCUUGGAACAGACGACCAGUACCAUCGGUGGGUCCAGUGGCCGCGUCAGCCUCUGGAUGCAGUGGAUGCUGCCAAAAGUCACGAUAAAGCUCUUUGCUCCAGACCUGGAGAACAAAGGCACAGAGGUUUGUAUGGUCAGUGAACUAGAAGAUCUCAGUGCGUCCAUAGAUGUACAGGAUGUGUACACCAAAGUGAAAUGUAAGAUAGAGAGCUUCAAUAUUGACCACUAUCAAAGCAGCCAUGGGGAAGAAUGUUGGUCUUUGGGGCAAUGUGGAGGUGUCUUCCUUUCCUGUACUGACAAGCUGAACAGACGCACCUCGUUGGUUCGACCCGUCAGCAAGCAGGACCCUUUCCGUAGUUGUUCUGCCUUCUUUACUUCUACAACUGGAAAGCCUCUAGACGGUGCUCACCAGCAGCAUGGGUUUCUUUCUCUCACCUACACAAAAGCCGUAACAAAAAACGUCCGCCACAAGUUAACUUCGAGAAAUGAGAGAAGAAGCUUUCAUAAACUAUCUGAAGGUUUACCAGAUGGCUCGCCUCAUUUUCUUCAUGAGAUUCUUGUUUCUGCACAAGCGUUUGAUAUUGUGCUUUGCUUCCCUGUACUUAAUGCUGUUGCAAGCAUAUUUCAAACUAAACCACCAAGGACCCAGAAGGAGAAAAGGAAGUCUUCUGGCCAGCCCCUGAGGACCCAUACGCUGACGUCCCGCAGUUUGCCUUUGAUUUAUAUCAACACAAGUGUGAUCAGAAUUUUUGUUCCUCAAACCGCAAAAACACAGUCAGUUGUCGAAGUAAAUCAGGCGGCAAAGGAGGACACGAUGGUUGUCAAGGUUGGUUCUGUUUCCAUGGCUCCCCAGGCUGAUAACCCACUCGGCAGGUCUGUCCUCAGGAAAGACAUUUACCAGAGAGCCUUGAACUUAGGAAUUCUUCGAGAUCCUGGAUCAGAAAUUGAAGAUAGACAGUACCAGAUAGACCUGCAGUCCAUCAAUAUUGGUACUGCCCAGUGGGAUCAACUCAAACCAGAGAAAGGGAGUGGCCCAGGAGGACCGCUACCAGAGAGUGAAAGGAACUCUCAGAACCCAGCCCUGGAGUGGAAUAUGGCCAGCAGCAUACGGCGACAUCAAGAAAGGAGAGCGAUUUUGACCCCCAUCUUGACAGAUUUUUCUGUCCGCAUCACUGGAGCGCCUGCCAUCAUUUUCACUAAAAUAAUCUCCCCAGAAAAUCUGCACACGGAGGAGAUUUUAGUUUGUGGCCAUUCCUUGGAAGUGAACAUAACCACAAACCUGGACUUCUUCCUAAGUGUGACUCAAGUUCAACUCUUACAUCAGUUAAUAGUAACAAAUAUGACUGGAUUGGAGCCAUCCAACAAGGCCACAGAGAUCUCUAAACAAGAACAGAAGAAAAUGGACACAUUUGAUGGAGGCGUGGCUGAAACUUGUUCCCGACACAGCGGCGCUCAGGACAGUGGAAUCGGCAGUGACAGCGUUAAAAUCCAGAUUGUGCAGAUAGAGCAGUGCAGCGGUGCCAGUCAGCACCGCAUAGCCCGGCCCUCCCACCAGUCCUCCAUCGUGAAGAACCUCAACUUCAUUCCCUUCGACAUAUUUAUUACGGCCAGUAGGAUCUCACUAAUGACCUAUUCCUCGGUGCCCUUACCCAAGUCCGCAGUACCAGAACAGAAGGAGGAUGGGACCACAGGCAAGAAUUCCCUAAACCUCCCAGAAGUUGAUGCUGACGUAGCUAAGCCUAACCAGGCAUGCAUCUCCAUGGUGACUGCUGAAGAUCUCUUAAGUGGUAGCAAUUUUUUGCCUUCAGGAAAAAAAAUAAGGGUUCUCUCCCUUGAAAGCCUGCAUGCGUCCACACGGUCAUCUGCUAGACAAGCACUUGGUGUCACUGUUGUCAGGCAGCCUGGCCGAAGAGGAACCGGUGACAUAGAGCUCCAUCCGUUUCUCUACUUGAUUGUCUCCCAGCCUUCCUUGCUUCUGAGUUGUCACCACAGGAAACAGAGAGUGGAAAUGUCCAUCUUUGACGCUGUGCUUAAAGGUGUGGCCCCUGACUACAGGUGUGCAGAUCCUGGGAAGACUCUGCCCGAAGCCCUUGACUACAACACCGUGUGGCUACAGACAGUGCCUGGAGAAACAGACAGUAAAAGUGGAAUUCCACCUUCCCUUGUUACGCUACAAAUUAAAGACUUUCUUAAUGGACCAGCUGACAUCAACUUGGAUGUAUCAAAGCCUUUGAAAGCUAACUUGAGUUUCACCAAACUGGAUCAGAUAAAUCAUUUUUUAAAGAAGAUUAAAAAGGUGCACAGCUUUGAACAUAGCAAAGAGACCUCAGCCCCAUCGGACACUAUCCUGAAUAAGGACAAGCCUCCCGUCUCCAGAUGUUACCGCGGAAAAUCGUCUCAGCCCAGAGUUCACUGUGAUGGAGUGCAGACUUCUUUUCAAGAAAACAUGUGGAGAGCCACUUCCUGCUUUCAAAAAAUUUCUGUCCGCACUACCCAGAUUGUGGUCUCCAUGGAAACUGUCCCACAUCCUCAUACACCGUGUGUGUUAGCAUCGCUAUCAUCCCUCAAUGGAAGCCUUGGUGUCAGCGCAGCACAAAGAGUACCAGGCAGAAGUCUUGGAUCAUCAUUCCUCCUCAGCAUAAGUGAUUUUCUCCUUAAAACAAGCCUCAGAGACAGAAGCCGGAUUCUGAUGGGACCGUUCUCUGCUACUGUCAAUCUGGAAGCCAAAUGGUGUAAACACAGCGGCAAUCCAGGCCCACAGCAGGCCGUACCAAAGAUAGCCGUGGAUUUAAGAGGUGGUCUGCUCCAGGUCUUCUGGGGUCAAGAGCAUUUGAAUUGCUUGUCCCUUCUGCAUGAAUUAUUCAGUGGGUAUCUUCAGGAAGAGGGGAGCUUUGAAGUGCCGGUUCCCGAAUCAGCACCCCAAAUGCCAUCUCCUGUGGAUAAGACUCAAGCUCUGAAAAGUGAACCAAGUUCAGAUGACCUGCGGACAGGCUCCUUUCAGUACCUACAGGAUGCUGAACCUUUGAAACUCCCUGGUGCCUAUGAAGUCUUGUUCUGUAGUGAGACAGACGAGAGCCCAGGGAUGAUGCUAUGGAGGUAUCCGGAGCCUCGCGUCCUCACCCUGGUGCGGAUAACUCCUGUGCCUUUUAACACCACAGAGGACCCAGAUCUUAGCACAGCGGACCUCGGAGAUGUGCUGCAGUGCUAUGCAGAAAGGCCCUGGGGAAAUGCUGUGUUGCCAUGGACACUGGGUGCAGCUGAGGUCCCUUGUAGUUUGGAAUAUUGGGAUGAACUCCAGAAGGUCUUCGUUUCAUUCCAAGAAUUCAGCCUGUCUGAAAGCAAAGUCUGUGAAUUGCAGUUGCCAGACAUCAGUCUUGUGAGCGACCAGAAGAAACUGGUGUCCUCUGAUCUGUGGAGAAUUGUUCUGAACAACAAUCAGAAUGCAGCAGAUGACCAGAGCUCUGCGAGUGAAUCUGGUUCUCAGAGCACCUGUGAGCCACUUGUAACUCCAACAGCCCUGGCUGCUUGCACCAGAGUCGACUCCUGUUUCACCCCAUGGUUUGUCCCUUCUCUGUGCGUGUCAUUCCAGUUCGCUCACCUGGAGUUUCGUCUUUGCCAUCACUUGGACCAGCUAGGCACAGCUUCACCGCGGCAUCUCCAGCCGUUCAUUCCUGAUAAAAAUGUGCCCUCCGAACUGGAGUACAUGGUGAUUUCCUUCAAAGAACCAACCCUGUAUCUUCGACAGUGGAGCAGCGAUUCUGUCUGCCAGGAGAUCCGGUUCUCAUCUCAGGUGGACUGUAGGCUUCUGGAGUGCAGAAACGUCACGAUGCAAACUGUGGUGCAUCCCUUCGGCAUCUCGGGGCAGAUCGCGCUCUCCGACGACGGAGUGCAGAGGGUGCUGGAUGGCACCGUGACCAUGGACUCCGUGCUUGUCAACUUCGGGCAGCAUGUGGUUCACUCCCUGAACACAGCGAUACAAGCUUGGCAGCAGAACAAAUGCCCUGAGGUAGAGGAAUUGGUCUUCAGCCACUUUGUGAUCUGUAACGACACACAGGAGACACUGCGGUUUGGCCAGGUGGACACUGAUGAAAAUAUCCUGCUGGCGAGUCUCCACAGCCACCAGUACAGCUGGCGUUCUCACAGAUCCCCACAGCUGUUACACAUCUGUAUUGAAGGCUGGGGCAACUGGCGUUGGUCAGAGCCCUUCAGUGUGGAUCAUGCCGGGACAUUUAUUAGAACGAUUCAGUACAAAGGUCGAACGGCUUCCCUCAUCAUCAAGGUUCAUCCGCUCAGCGGAGUACAGAAACAGAUUAUCAUCUGUGGAAGACAGAUCAUCUGUAGUUAUUUGUCUCAGAGCAUAGAGCUGAAAGUUGUUCAGCAUUACAUUGGUCAAGAUGGACAAGCUGUAGUCCGAGAACACUUGGAUUGCCUCGCAGCCAAACAGAAAUUGCCUUCGUACAUAUUAGAAAACAGUGAACUGACGGAGUUGUGUGUGAAGGCCAAAGGAGAUGAAGACUGGUCGAGAGAUGUGUGCCUGGAGCCCAAAGCCUCUGAGUACAGCACUGUCAUCCAGGUUCCUUCCUCAAACAGUUCCAUUAUUUAUGUGUGGUGCACAGUUUUGACUCUGGAACCCAACUCUCAAGUUGAGCAGCGAAUGAUUGUGUUCAGCCCUCUUUUUAUCAUGAGGAGUCAUCUACCAGACCCUAUAAUCAUACAUUUGGAGAAAAGAAGUCUGGGUUUGAGUGAAACACAGAUGAUUCCAGGAAGAGGGCAGGAAAAUCCGCUGCAGAACGUGGAGCCUGACCUCGCACAUCACCUGACGUUUCAAGCGCGAGAAGACUACGAUCCCUCAGACUGUGCUGUUCCCAUAUCAACAGCCCUCAUUAAGCAAAUAACCACUAAGAUAGAACCUGGAGGCACAGUUAACCAGAUGCUUGAUGAGUUCUAUGGGCCAGGACAGUCCCACGAACCCACUUGGCCUUAUAAUAAGAAGGAUUCGGACAGGAAUGAACAGUUGAGUCAGUGGGACAGCCCAAUGCGAGUGAAGCUGUCGGUCUGGAAACCAUACGUUAGAACCCUGCUGAUAGAACUGCUGCCCUGGGCUCUGCUCAUCAACCAGUCCAAGUGGGACCUCUGGCUGUUUGAAGGAGAGAAGAUUGUUCUGCAGGUUCCUGCUGGCAAAAUUAUCAUUCCUCCUAAUUUUCAGGAAGCUUUUCAGAUAGGAAUUUACUGGGCAAACACAAACACUGUGCACAAGUCAGUAGCAAUUAAACUGGUCCAUGAUGUGACGUCCCCAAAGUGGAAAGAUGGCGGGAAUGGCGAGGUGGUGACGCUGGAUGAGGAUGCGUUUGUCGAUGCUGAAAUCAGACUCGGCGCUUUCCCAGGACCUCAGAAGCUGUGUCAGUUCUGUGUCUCCUCCAUGGUGCAGCAUGGCAUACAGAUCAUUCAGAUUGAAGAUAAGACUACAGUAAUUAAUAAUACACCAUACCAAAUGCUUUAUAAGCCACAGUUGUCCGUCUCCAACCCCUAUUCUGGAAAGGAGCAUUUCCAUGUUCCAGACACCGCUACUUUCAGCAUUAGUCCAGGUGGAGAGCACUCUGAGAUGAAAUCCAGCUCCCUGCCUUGCUGGGACUUCAUGCCUGAUAUGGGGCCAUCAUUGGACACAGCCGUGCUUCAGAAACAGAUACUGCUGGGCUUUUCUCCUGCACCAGGUGCUGACAGCUCGCAGUGCUGGAGCCUGCCAGCUGUCGUUAGACGAGAGUUUCCCAGACAGAGUGUAGCAGUGCCCUGUGGAACCUUGAGGGAAAAUGGAUUCUGCACCAGGGCAAUAGCACUGACGUAUCAGGAACACUCUGGAGUCACUUACUUGACCCUCUCAGAAGACCCCAGCCCUCGAGUAAUUUUCCACAACAGAUGUCCGGUGACGAUGCUCGUCAAGGAGAACAUCAGAGAUAUUCCAAAGUUUGAGGUUUAUUGCAAAAAAAUUCCUUCUGAGAGCUCCAUUCAUCAUGAGCUGUAUCACCAGAUUAUCAGUUACCCAGACUGCAAGACCAAAGACACACUUCCCAGCCUCCUGUUAAGACUGGAGUCGACAGGAGAUAUGACAGCCGAGUGGAGUGACGCUGUCGACGUCAACAGUCAAGGGACUCAGGUUGUGUUCCUUACCGGCUUCGGAUAUGUGUAUGUGGACAUUGCCCAUCAGUGUAGCACGGUCUGUAUCACUAUAGCCCCAGAAGGAAAAGCAGGACCCAUGUUAACCAGUGCCAACAGAGCUCUGGAGAAGGUGGUUACUUUUAAAACAUUCAUCACCCGCCUGAGCCUGGCAGUGACUGACGACCUCACACACCACAAGGCAUCAUCUGAGCUUCUAAGGCUCACUCUGGACAACAUUUUCCUCCACGUGUGCCCUGUGCCCGGUGUCCUCCCAGGGGAAGAGCCUCCGUCCACCCUGCUCCAGCUUUUCAGUGUGGAAGUCUACUUCGGGGACCUGCAGCUGGACAACCAGCUUUAUAACAAGUCCAAUUUCCACUUCGCUGUCUUGGUCUGCCAAGGAGAGAAGACAGAACCAGCUCAGGACUUGAGAGUGCAGAGUCUCCUGGUCUCCAGCAAAGCCUUGGAGGAGUACAAAGAGAACUGCUUCAUCAAGCUUCACCUCACUGUGUCUGAGGGGACGGACUUCCUUUUUGAUGUCAGUGAGUUCUCUGUUGAACUGAAACCAGCACGGCUCUAUGUGGAGGAUACCUUUGUCUACUACAUCAGAACUUUAUUUGACACCUACCUUCCUCACAGCAGGGUGGCUGGAGACCAGGCACAGCUCUCUGCAGGGGAGCAGGUGCUGCCCAUGCAGGUGAGACAGCACGCCAGGGCCUUGGUGAACCCAGUGAAGCUACGGAAGUUGGUCAUCCAGCCAGUGAACCUCCUUGUCAGCAUCCAUGCCUCUCUGAGGCUGUACAUAGCCUCCGACCACACCCCUCUGUCCUUCUCUGUGUUUGAACGAGGACCAGUGUUCACCACAGCGAGGCAGCUGGUGCAUGCGCUGGCCAUGCACUAUGCUGCAGGGGCUCUCUUCAGAGCAGGCUGGGUGGUGGGGUCUCUGGAGAUCCUCGGCAGCCCCGCCAGCUUGGUGAGAAGCAUUGGCAAUGGGAUCUCGGACUUCUUCAGGCUUCCGUACGAGGGACUGACUCGAGGCCCAGGGGCCUUCGUGAGUGGAGUCUCCAGAGGGACCACAUCGUUCGUCAAGCACAUCUCCAAAGGUACCUUGACAUCCAUCACCAACUUGGCCACCAGCCUGGCCCGAAAUAUGGACCGGCUCUCGCUGGAUGAAGAGCACUAUAACCGGCAGGAAGAGUGGCGGCGGCAGCUUCCUGAGAGCCUGGGCGAGGGACUGCGGCAGGGCCUGUCCAGGCUGGGCAUCAGCCUGCUCGGUGCAAUUGCUGGUAUAGUUGAUCAGCCAAUGCAGAACUUCCAGAAAACAUCCGAGACCCAGGCUUCAGCAGGACGUAAGGCCAAGGGUGUCAUCUCAGGCGUGGGGAAAGGAAUCAUGGGGGUCUUCACCAAACCCAUUGGGGGAGCUGCAGAACUUGUGUCACAGACUGGCUAUGGUAUUCUACACGGAGCUGGCCUUUCUCAGCUUCCCAAACAGCGGUAUCAGCCAAGAGAUCUCCAUGCUGACCAAGCUCCAAACAGCCAUGUCAAAUAUGUCUGGAAAAUGCUUCAGUCUCUGGGCAGACCAGAAGUCCACAUGGCUCUGGAUGUGGUUCUGGUGAGGGGUUCAGGCCAGGAGCAUGAAGGGUGCUUGCUGUUGACAUCAGAAGUGCUCUUUGUCGUAAGCAUCAGUGAAGACACACAGCAGCAGGCCUUCCCCAUCACAGAGAUUGACUGUGCACAGGACACCAAGCAAAAGAACCUGCUCACUGUGCAGCUCAAGCAACCAAGAGUAGCCUGUGAUGUGGAGAUGGACGGUGCCCGGGAGAGACUGUCAGAGCAACAGUUCAACCGGCUCGUGGACUACAUCGCAAAAACAUCUUGUCACCUGGCCCCAAGCUGCUCGUCUAUGCAAACAGCAUGUUCUGUGGUCGCUGUGGAGCUGCCCCCUGCCACUGUCAGAACCUACCACUACUUAGCUGACCCCCACUCUGCUCAGGUCUUCGUUAGUAGGUUCACCAUGGUGAAGAACAGAGCCCUGAGGAAAGGCUUCCCCUGAGUCCCUUUGAUUGCUGAGCAACACAGAGAGUUCCAACAUUCAACAUGACACAAGGCCAACAUGUCUAUAGUAACAGGCAUACUAAUUUUGCAGGGAUUUUAUAUAGUACCUUCUCCUCAGACCAAAAAGAAAAAGAUACUCCUCCUUCAAGUUACAAAGAAAAAAAUUCAAGUGGGAGAGGAACAAAUGAUCAGAAUCCUGUUUUCAUAUUCUUACCAUAUGUAGAAAAAAAUUUCUCUAUGCCAUCUGCAGAAGUUGUCACUGUAAUUUCAAUCUGUUAACGUUCUGCUAUAUAGUAAAAUGUGGACAGGCCCUAGAAUAGACGCAAAAUAAAACUCCACCACCCCUGUAAUACCUAGAGUGUUGUUUCACUUGUUGAGUUUUUUCAUUUAACUACAAUACCAUUCUUUUAGUAAAACCGAUGUAUAUUAUCUUCAAAGUUAGCAUUCUACUAGUUUACAGACUUAACUGCUCAGGUAUAUUUUGGAAAUCUUAUGUUUUACCAAGCUAAAAAGUAAUAUCUUGUGUCUACCGACAAGAACAAAACAUAAUGCUUGUAUGUUUAUUUAGUUCCAGAAUUCCUUAGUAAAUGGGGUAAGUUAAGAACCCCAACAUUGCCAAACCGUGGUGGCGCACACCUUUGAUCCCAGCACUCUGGAGGCAGAGGCAGGUGGAUCUCGAGUUCGAGGCCAGCCUGGCCUACAGUGCGAGUUUCAGGACAGCCAGAGCUGCACAGAGAAACCCUGUCUCCAACAUUAAGGCUAACAAUACCAUCAGUCCAGGUAGUUCUUUAUGUACUGACUUGAUCAAGCAUGCAGGCAGUUCCUAAAGGCUGGUAAGAAUUAUUUAACAACCAAGAAAGGUUUCGAUGCAAGACCUGGAGACACCAGCUGUCUCAGCAUCCGCUGACGGCAUCUGUGCAUGGGCCUGAAACCUGUUUCCUUCAGCUGAAAAGACCACUGAGCUCCAACUCCCAAGUCUGCUGGGCACACUACAUCACUACUACUGGAAAGCAAAAGUGGACAAUUCAAGCCAAAUAUGAAAACCAUCUCUGGAAUUAGUCUGUUACUCAUUUAGAAAAGCAACAUUUUUUGUCAACCUCAAGAAUAAUUAUUUUUAAGAAUGUAAAUGUGUACUGAAUCUUCUAUGACUUAUGGUAAUUUUACAUAUUGCUAAGAAUUAAAUAAUAAAAGAUAUUCCUGAGUUA